ACGCUUCACAUCUUUAUCAAUAGUAAAUGUCGAAUAAAGAGACAGAAAUUUUCUUAGUUUCAACCAAAAUAUGGAUGAUAGUAGUCGUAACAUUGAAAAAUACAGAUGGGGUACAAAAUGCGUACCUCAGAGGUACAAAAGGCUCGAAUGGGGUACGGCUGGCAACCCUGGAAUAGACUAAAACUAAAGUUGUAUCUUUUUCCUGUUAAAUUCGAAGAGAAAUGAACGUUUAAAAUGAAAAUUUAGAUGUUUUGAUGAUAAUAUGUUGUUCAACUCCAGUUGUAUUCUCACUACACUAACUACCAGAAAAGAUAGUUUAAUCGCAUAAAAGUAUAGAUAGAUCAGUACGAACAUAGCUCGAAGCAGCGAUAAGUAAAAUCAGCUUUCAACAUAUAAAACUAUAUAAUUAAGUUAAAAAGAAUUAAAAGGUGUAUACUAAAUUCGAAACAGAAAAAGAAGAAGAAUUCCAGAGAGCUGGAAAAUUCUAUGGAAAAUACUUUUUACGAAUUGUCCGAGAAAAUGAUUCCGUUAGAUGUUGGAAUUCGGCAUCCAACAUUUCCAAAUGAGAACGGUAAAGAACGAAUUCCGAAAAGAUGAAAAAUUGUUUUUGAGAAAAAGACAAUUUUCUCGAACAGUUGAACGCGUUCUCUACCAUUCCUUUUUGAAACGGUUUCCACUUUUUAAAAAAAUGUCUUUUUCUAAAAAAACGUUUUCUCUGAAAUUGGAACGCGUUCUACACUGUUUUUUUUUCUAUGAUUAUUUUUCACUGAUAUGCUAUUCAAUUCUAUCUAUUAAUCAAUAAAUACUUUAUUCAUAGUAAAAUAGCAUAUGUUGAACCGUUUUACGAUGUAAGUUAACCUAUCAUUUUCUUUGAAAAAUUCCGUUCAUUUUUUUUCUGUCUCUUGAGAGAUGAUAGAAAUAAAAUAUGUCGACUACAUAAUGAAGACAUAUCUUAUGAUACUGUCUUUACUCAGGAAGUCAUUUCAGACAAGUAUGUCAAGUUUGUGGAAACUAUGACAAGAAGAAUCUACUCAUGUUUUGUUACGUUCGUUUUUUUUUUUCAUUAACUGUUAUGAAGCUUCUCAUUUUCUUUCUGAAUUUAUGAUGAUUGCAUCAAAAAUAAAAAAUUCAGUAUUACAGUCAAUAUAAACGUUACUCUGAGAGUAUAGAGCAAUCUCUCAGUUUCAACUGAUACUUUUUUUUCAAUUAAAUUUCAAACUUUCGAUCUAAAUAAAUUAAUAAUAACGUGAAUAAAAUAUUCUUUAUUUUUAAUCUAAAACUGAAUAUCUAAUUCGUAUUUUUCAUGUAUUCUUUGCGGUAAAUCUUUAUUACUAUGUCAAGAGAAGUAUAUUAAAAGAGCUAAGAUAUUUAUUUUCAUAGAUAGCAUGUUUUUAUAUUAUUCGUGUUUGAUAGCUAAUGUUCAAAACAAAUUUACAAUCUUAUACGAUUAGUUGACUUUCUUAGUGUCUGCUAUUUCUUCUUUAUUGCGGAGAAAAUGUAGUAUGUGAGUGAGAAACAGCAAGUAAAUCUAUUAAUAUUAUAUUCCAUCAAGACACCAUGUUUUUACUGUGUCGAUGAAACAUAGUUCAUACAGAAAAUUUAUUUUAGACUAUAGACAACUUGAAUGAAGAUCAAAUUUUAUAACAUGAUUUUCUAACAAAGAGAAAAGAAGUAGUAACGCCUAGUUCAUACUCUAUUUCGAUAGAAAUAAAUCACAAAUACUGUUUGAUAAGUUCCAUCAUAGUUCAAUUAGUUCUAUUCCAAUGUAUUGCUUACAUGUUUCAAGAUUAAUUUGUUUAAAAAAAUCGAUAGUUCAAGUAAAACUUUUUUCCACUGAUUCAUAAAUAUCCGCAAUCAUUUUUUUGUAGCUUUUAUUUAUAAUUAAUUACUGUUUCUUUUUUUUUUAUAUAUGCAGCAAUAUAAAACUGAUAAAAUUUACUAAUAUCGAAUUAAUUUUUAGAAAAAUCCAAACAAAUAUCACCGUUUUUCUUCUAUAAUAACAGAUCAAAUCUAAUCCAUAUAAUAUGAAAAACUUUCUGUUGACAUUUAUUCUAUUAUCAGCGAUAAUUUCAAUUCAUGGAACAUUAUUCGAUUCCUUUCAUUGUAAAGCAGCCACUUGCCAUGAAUUUUAUUAUGGCUUAAAGAAUUUCCCCAAUCAAAAACACUAUGUUAAUGUAUGUUAUAAUACUGUACGGUCUAUUGAAAAUAUAUCAAAGAGGUAUGACAAAUGUUUUGAUGAAAGAACAGCAAAAUUUAAUCCACCAUGUAUUUAUGCAUUAGCAACAACGAUGAAAAGGUGUAUAAUUGGAUUGAGCGGUGUACCAGAAUAUUAUGCACGAUACCAUUGUGGUUAUAGGCUUAUGCAAAAUUGUGCUAAAAAUAUUGGUCUUGAACGAUUUCCAUAUAACAUCGAAUAUCAACGACUUGAUGAUGCUUAA